GUCAGACACGAUCCUGGAGUAACAAGUGGAUUUGACGUUUAUCUUUUCUCGCCACCGUGUUUCGAAACUCGUUCGCACCGUGCUGGACCUGGACCAUGGACUCAGACACAAGCCGAGUAUCGAGCAGACCGUCCUCCCCAGAGGUGGACGACAUCUUCCUGUCAACCCUGAAGAAGUCCGUGCAUGGUUUCUCCGGCGCAGUGUCCUCCACACAGAGCGACUCUCCUUCAGAGAUCCCCGGCCUGCGCGGCCUCUCCGCCUCCGAUGAGGAGUCCCUUGCUCUCCGGCUGGCCUCAAAGAAAGACCGUAAACUCCUGUCAGAGAGCGAGCUGCAGUCGAUCCGCCUCAAGAUCAACAGCCGCGAGAGGAAAAGAAUGCACGACCUAAACGUGGCCAUGGACGGACUCCGGGAGGUCAUGCCGUACGCGCACGGACCUUCUGUGCGUAAACUCUCCAAAAUCGCCACCCUGCUGCUGGCGAGAAACUACAUCCUGAUGCUGAGCAACUCUCUGGAGGAGAUGAAGCGGCUGGUCAGUGAAAUCUACGGCAGCAGCGGACACCACAGCGGCUUCCACCCGUCAGCCUGUGGGACUAUGACGCACGCAGGACCCGUGCCGGGACACCCCACCGCUUCACACGCAACGCACCCGGCUGUGCACCACCCGCUCCUCCCGCCGGCUGCCGUCUCAUCCGCCUCCCUAUCCGCGCCCGGCAUCGCAGCUGUCACUUCAGUCAGACCACAUCACGGACUUCUCAAAGCUCCCGCUGCAGGCGCAGGGCCGCUGGGCAGCAGCUUCCAGCACUGGGGCGUCGGCACCGGGAUGCCGUGUCCGUGCAGCAUGUGCCAAGUCCCGCCUCCGCAUGUGUCCAGCAUGAGCACCGUCACCAUGCCGAGGCUGACCAGUGACUCCAAGUGACUCCACGAUGCACGGAAGCGAACUUUAGGGGUUGCCACAGACUCUCUCCCCACAUUAUUACCACUUUUAUUUAUCAUUGUUGCAUCCAUGGAAAGACCAAUGCAUUGAUUCUCCUCUCUGGGACUUUUUGGGUUUACAACUAACUUAGUGUUUAUGAUUAAUAACAUCAACUGUAACAAUUGUUUCUUCAAUAUCUCUUUGUGCAAACACAAAUUCAGACAGCUUUGAUGGCUCAUGCAUCUGUUAUUUAAAGAUCUAAUCUGUGGGCCUGCAGGAGAAAAAGGGUCUUUAUUUAACCCCAAAAUGUAGAGUGUAAAUAUGUAGAUGGAUUCUUGAGUUGAAAUAGUUGGAGAUAUUAUAUAUUAGAGUCUUGUUAAUGUGUGGGAAGACUCCCCCACCCCUCACAUGUUGCACCUGCUUUAUUCUGUCUGUCUUAUUCAAAGCUUUUCUUUUUGUUUCCUCCUCAGUAGGCUGUCGAUCUCUGCAAACAAGGACAACUUCUUUAUUUUUUUAUUGAAAAAUGAAAAUAUUUAUUUACUUAUUUGAAGGGGGAUUACAGAUGAAACUCUGAUUAUGUUGGGAUUUGAAAUGUAAAAUAAAGAUGAU